UCAGCCUUGGCGAGAAAGUUCCACAGCAGGGAGGCGACGGCGCAUUGGAUCUGAGCGAGUUCGGGUGUUGCUGAGUUUCUUCUUCCUCCGAUCUGCAAGAUCAUGGCCGAAUCACUGCUUCUCCCUGUGGUGGAAGGCCUGGCCGGCAAGGCCGCAGACGCGCUCGUCCAGACCGUGACCCGCAUGUGUGGCCUCGACGAAGACCGACAAACGCUGGAGCGCCAUCUGCUAGCCGUCCAGUGCAAGCUGGCCAACGCGGAGGAAAGGAGCCAGACAAAUGCCUACCUCAGGAGCUGGAUGGAGAAGCUCAAGGCUGUUGCCUACGAGGCCGACGAUGUCCUCGACGACUUCCAGUACGAGGCGCUGCGCCGCAAAGCCCAGAUCGGCAAGUCCACUUCCCGCAAGGUACUCAGCUACGUCACGUGCCGCAGCCCGCUGCUCUUCCGUUUUGCCAUGAGCAGGAAGCUCAAGGGAGUCCUCGAGAAGAUCAAGGAGCUGGUUGAGGAGAUGAACAUGUUUGGCCUUGAGAAUUCUGGCAAUCGGGAGGGGCCUCAACUUCCUUGGCGGCAGACACACUCCAAACUGGACGAGUCUACCAACAUCUUUGGAAGAGAUGAUGACAAGGAGGGGGUGGUGAAGCUGCUGCUAGACCAACAAGAUCAGCAGAACGUGCAGGUGCUGCCCAUCUUCGGUAUGGGAGGUCUUGGCAAGACAACACUUGCUAAGAUGGUGUACAAUGACCAAGAUGUCCAGCAACAUUUCCAGUUGAAGAUGUGGCACUGCGUGUCAGACAAUUUUGAUGUUAUUGCUAUUGUGAAAUCCAUCAUUGAAUUGGCUACAAAUGAAAGAUGUGACCUGUCUGACAACAUCGAGCUAUUGCAGAAGAAACUUGAUGGAACCAUUGGCCGGAAAAGAUUUUUACUUGUUCUUGAUGAUGUGUGGAAUGAAGAGAAGAGGAUGUGGGACGAUGAACUGAGGCCACUAUUAUGUUCUGUUGGUGGACCAGGAAGUGUUAUAUUGGUCACGUGUCGUAGCAAGCAAGUUGCAUCUAUAAUGUGCACCAUUAAACCCCAUGAGCUAGCAUUUUUGGGUGAAGAAGAUUCAUGGGAAUUGUUUUCGAAGAAAGCAUUUAGCAAUGGUGUCGAGCAGCAAGCAGAGUUAGUUGCCAUCGGAAGAAAGAUUGUGAACAAAUGCGGAGGUUUGCCUCUUGCACUGAAGACAAUGGGUGGAUUGCUGAGUUCGAAGCAGCAAGUACAGGAGUGGAAGGCCAUUGAAGAAACUAACAUUGGGGAUAAUGUUGGAGUUUUUCCCAAGGAUUAUGAGAUGCAGAAGGAUAUGUUGAUCCAAUUAUGGAUGGCAAAUGACUUUAUUCGAGAAGAGGGAAUGAUGGACUUAACAGAGAAAGGAGAAUUGAUUUUCCAUGAAUUGAUGUCAAAGGUUGAAUUGGAAAAUAUUUCUGGGUUGUUCGAUGGCAAAGCACCUCUCCGCACUUUGUUAGCUCCUUCAAGGAUAUACCAGGAUUUUAACCGGCUGCCACAUGUAUCAUUACGAGCAUUGCAUUGGCAGAGUAUGUACGCCAAUUUCAAGGUCGUAAAUGCAAAACAUUUACGAAGACAUGAUGAUGGGCCUGAGAAAGCUCAUACAUCUUUAUCUUUUUGGAUGUGA